UUCAGUGCGCCACACACACAGGGAGCGAGCACAUACAAACGCUACAGCUGACAGCGAAUGUUCUCGCGCGCUCACGGGCUACUUUCAAAUUUCAAAAACAUAAUUUAAAGUUAAACGUUCUUUGUCGGGAUGCGUCAUUGUUACUGUAUCCGUUUGUCGGCGCUUUGAUCAGCACCGAGCCCGAGAUACGUCCACUUAACGGCUGUCCUGCUCACUUUAACAUCAGCACAGAGGAUGGAGCGGCAACUUUUCUGAACACAACCCUGAUUUUUAUUUGUCUCGGCUUUAGAUAUGAGCUGACAGGUGAACGCAUAAAAGCAGAAGUACAACGACAAUCAGCCCUCAGUCAAAGGGGCCGUUACACGUACACAUCAGGUAACAAGUCAAGGACACAUCAACUAUCCUCAGAAUAGUCAUGGCUGCUUACGGACAGACGCAGUACAGUCCUGCAUUACAAUCGGCCGGCCCGUACUCACCGUACACACAUCACACACAGAGCUACAGCAUGACACCAUACAAUAUUAAAACAGAGGACGGUUUGAGUCAUUCACCUGGUCAGAGCAGUCUACUUGGCUACACGUCAAACUUCAGCGGCAGUCCUCCCAGUCAAGCCCUGUACAGUUACUCACACGGCGGCAGCAUUUCUUCUGGAAUUUUCCAGGGUGCAAACGGCAUCACGGGCUCAACGCCAUUCAGUCCCACACAGCAGGACUUCUCAACAUAUUCUAGCUACAGCCAAAAUCAAUAUUCACCAUACUACAACACGCACUACAACAGCCCGUACAUUACAGCCAGCAAUAUCACGCCAUCGGCAAUCACCACAGCGAUACCCUAUCAGCACACAGAGCAUCCUGCUGUAUCGACCAAUCACAGCCCAGAGUCCCAAACAGGAGACUACCACGCUCCCACGAGUCCCCCAACUCCAGGAAAAGAGCAGGAAAGCGGUCCGGCUCGACGCAGCUCAGACGGAAAGUUGAGAGGCAGGAAGCGGGCGGGUGACCCUGUACCCCCUCUGGACUCUGACAUUGAGAGAGUGUUUAUCUGGGACCUGGAUGAAACCAUCAUCAUUUUCCACUCGUUACUCACAGGGACAUUUUCAACACGCUUCGGCAAGGACUCUGCCAAGGCUGUUUCUCUGGGGCUUUGGAUGGAAGAGAUGAUCUUCAACUUGGCUGAUUCGCGACUGUUUUUCAACGACCUGGAGGAAUGCGACCAAAUUCACAUCGAUGAUGUCGCCUCGGAUGACAAUGGCCAGGACUUGAGCACGUAUAACUUUGGCACAGACGGCUUCCAAACGGCAGCGGGUGGUGGCACGCUCUGCCUGGGUUCGGGUGUUCAUGGUGGAGUUGACUGGAUGAGGAAACUCGCCUUCCGCUACCGACACGUGAAAGAGAUCUACAACAUCUACAAGAACAAUGUAGGAGGUUUGUUGGGCAGCCCAAAGCGAGAGGAGUGGCUUCAGCUGAGGCGGGAAAUGGAAGUUCUGACAGACCUCUGGUUGACUCAAGCACUGAAGGCUCUCGCGCUCAUCAACUCCAGACCAAACUGUGUAAAUGUGUUGGUAACCACCACACAACUGAUUCCAGCACUCUCUAAAGUUCUGCUCUAUGGCCUCGGAGGAGCGUUUCCCAUCGAGAACAUCUACAGCGCCACCAAAACAGGUAAAGAGAGCUGCUUUGAGCGAGUGACUCAGAGGUUUGGUCGGCGAGCCGUGUAUGUGGUUGUAGGAGAUGGCGUGGAGGAGGAAACUGUGGCAAAGAAGAAGAACAUGCCAUUCUGGAGAGUCACAUGCAGAGCAGACCUGGAGGCCUUAAGUCAUGCACUUGAGCUGGAUUACCUCUAGAGAGCAGUGCCUGUCUUCCUCCACACCUCAGACACGAACGGUCCACAGGAAUCACAUGACCAAGCCAAGAACUGCAGGACCGGUCAGCAGGAAACAGCAAUCUUAUAGGAAAUGUUUGCGUCAGAUCAAUCCAAGAAAAACAUUUUCAUUCUUUUCUCGUGCUCCACCUCAGACUAAAGUCUCGAUUCUUUGAUUUACUUUUUUUCCUGUACCACAGCACUGCACUGAAGGCAAAGACCCAUCAAAGAUUUGUCGUGAAGGUAUGAGUCGUAGCAUUUGGGCUGUGUUCGGAAUAGCAUACUACCGUACUAUUCAUACUAUUUCUUCACUAUGCAUGUGUAUUGUUCAAACUGGUAAGUUUAAACAUUUUUACACUAAGCUGGACGAAAAAUGCUGAAUAACCAUGUUUGUGUCUGAGAUGAUAACUGCACACCUCUCACGUUAUGAGGUCAUGUGACAACAGUGUAGCAUACUACCAUUUGAAAUGUUUGUUGCAUAUUGUGUAACUGCUCACGUUGCAUUUGCUUCUUUAAAUUAAGCAGUGCACCGUAUAUACCGGUCAGUAUGUAGUAAUAAGUACUGUAUGUAGUAUUCCGAACAUAGCGUAGUAAUAUCAAAGACACCAAAAGAUUUUAAAGGUGUGAAGAUUUACAUAAAAUAAAGGAAAUAUCACAAAAUCAAAACAAAAAAAAAAACACACACACACACAAAACAAGUUUGAGAAAAAAUGAAGCUGAUAAUUAAAAAAACUAAAUUACAAUUAUUAUAAAUGAUAUUAAUAUUUCAGUAUAAAAAUUGUUCCAGAUUGAUCGAAGAUCGCAUCGUACAUAAAAAUCGAUCAAUAAAUAUUUACUAAUUUGGAAUGAAUAAAAAGGAAGAUUUUAUUGUGCUAAAAUGAGAAAAACUAACCCCACACCUACAAUGUAAAUUCACUUAUUUUAAUGCAAACGAAUAAAUAAAAAAGACGAACUGACCAUGAAAUAUGCCAAAGUAGCAACAUAUAAUGCUACUGGUACUAAAAGAAAAUUAUUUUAUUAAAUUAUGAAUUUCACCUGUCUAUUAACUGUCCUCAAAUGUCUCUGGUAUGUGCCUUGAACACCAUGUGGCUUGUUACUGAAUGUAUAUUUGAUUUCUGUUUCUUUCUCUUUGCUGGAGUUUAUAUACUGUAUACUGAUCAUUCUAGGACUAGCAUGUGCUCUUCUCACAACCUGUUCUCUUUGCUAUGAUUUGUAUAUAAGGUUUUAUUGAUGUUUCUGGGCUUAUUAUAAUAGAAUAAAGAUAAAUUAAUUUCAUUCUCCAGUCAUUCUUCAAGCUGUACAGUUUGAUGAGCAGUUUUAUACCACAACAUUGUUCACUUCUGGAUUCUUAUUGGUUGACAGACAAGAAAACUGUAGAUAAACUUGAGAUAAAGGCAUUAUAGAUGUGUACAUUGUACAUACUCAUUUAGAAAGUAGUUCUGAAUAACAGGAAUGACCCGGGAAUGUUUUAUUGACCAACAGUGUUUGCAAUGUUUAUGUUACAGAGCCAUCCUGUGGCCAAAAUGAAAUCCACAAUACCAGUGACAAUGCUGAAAAUAAGAAAAAGAAAAAUAUUUUAUGGUCAGACAUACAAAAUAUAAGUAAUAAGUAAUUGCAAUAAACACAUAAACAUGCUAUACUGUAUCUAGAUAGCCUCAGAGAAUAUAUCAGCAUGUGAUUUGGACAUGUGUUAUCAUGCAAUAACGUUACGUAAAAUACAUCCUGCUUCCUACGUCAACCCACAAGUGAUAGUCACAUAUUUCUCUAAAUUCUGACUGUUUACUUUAGGCUGUAUUUGAGAAAAACACUUAAAGGGAUAGUCCACCCGAAAAUGUAAAUUCUCGUUUUCUCACCUUAAUGCCAUCCCAGAUGUGUAUGACUUUCUUUCUUCUUUUUUAGACUUUUAGAAGAAUAUUUCAGCUCUCUAGGUCCAUACAAUGCAAGUGAGUGGUGGCCAGAACUUUGAAGCUCCAAAAAGCACAGAAAGGCAGCAUAAAAGUAAUCCAUACGACUAAGUGGUUUAAUCCAUGUCUUUUGAAGUAAUAAAAAAAGUCAUUUUUACUAUCAAUCUCCACUUUCACAUUCUUCUUUUUGUGUUUUUGGCGAUUUGUGUUCUACGUGCAUAUCGCCACCUACUGGAUAGGAAGAAGAAUUUAUUGCAAAUAAGGAUUUAAAUAUUGAUCUGUUUAUCACCCACACUUCUCAUAUCACUUUUGAAGAUAUCGAUUAAAUCAUUGGAGACUUUUAUGCUGCCUUUAUGUGCUUUUUGGAGAUUCAAAGUUUUGAACACCAUUCACUUGCAUUGUAUAAACCUACAGAGCUGAAAUAUUCUUCAUAAAAUCUAAAUUCGUGUUCAGCAGAAGAAAGAAAGUCAUACACAGCUGGGAUGAGGGCGGGUAAAUGGUGAGAAUUUUCAUUUUGGGGUGAACUGUCCCUUUAAGUUGUAUCAUCUAAGAGGUUCUUCAGUAUCAGAUUAUACAGUAGCAGGUCUAAAGAUACCAAGGAUAAUCAAUCUGAUAAUAAGUAACCUCUUAACCAUCUUUAGCAGGGCGAAUUGUUUAUUACAUUUUUACAAAUAAUUUAGUGUCCCCCUAAAAGUAUCAAAAAGAGUUUUUUAAAUGUCUAUAUCUUCAUGUCAAAAUAAACUUUGCCUCCAAAAGGGCAGCAUGGAAACAAUGAAAGCUUUUGCUGUGUUCAAAAUUAAAUAAUAGCAUAAUGCAUCCUACAUAGUAUACACUAGAGUUGCCUACUAUUUUUCAAAAUAGUAUGUGAAGCAUUCCAUUAGAAAUGGAAGGUCAAACGAACACUUAAAGUAUGCUUUGGUUGCAAACUGGUUGUAGUGAAAGGUUCCCUGUGAUUUAGGGAAAUUUGCAUACUGCAGGAAUAGAAAGAGUAGUAUGUAAGUGUGCUGUUUGGAACACAGCCAAGCCCAUAAGCCUUGCAUAUCAGUGCUGCCAUCUAGUGGAACUUUACUGCAAUCACACCAACUAUUGACUCACGUUAUUUGAUUUUUUUAUGGUCCUUGACCCCUGGCUCUUUUUCCAGAAGUCUGCACAUCUUGUCAAUUGCAUUUUCACCUUGAAUCUGUGCCACAUAGUACACACACAACAUAACACAACCCGCCCCCGAUCACAGAGUUUGUGUGUUCAACACUUAUUUGAUCAGGGUCUGUUGACAGAUAAUUGCUGAUGCUCAUACAGCAAUGUUUGGAUGAGUGACUCGAGGGCUCAAUGGCCUCUGUGACCCACGGCAGCACUCGUUUGAUUAAUGCGUUCAAUAAGUGAGUGAGUUUGAUCUAAAGCAAAUGUCAAUGACUCACCUCGCCAGUUUGUUUUUCAAAUGAAGGUGUCGUGGAGUUCAGCGGGGUUAUCCUGUGAUGUUAAAACCCAUUAUUUGGCUUGUAAUAUCUGGCUUGUGUAAUAUCUCCCUCCAUAUAAUAUCAGCAAAGGGAAACUGUACAGGACAUACCUGAAAAUUGUGAUUAAAUCAAAAACAACAGAUCACCACACACAUCUGAUAAAGCUGGGAAUGAAAAUGGAAACAUGUUUUAUAUUAUAGAAAUGGUCUCCUUUUCCCAGUUAAAGAAUUUCCAACAUUUAACAUUAUUUAAUUACAUGUAAUUCAAUGGGGGGUUUUUUGGCAGGUAGUUUGUUGUAGAAUUGUUGGCUACUAGAAUGUA